CCAUAAUAUCUACCUGUUUAUGUUAUUGGAAAACAUGGAAUUAUAUCAACAUUAAAGUAGCGAGUUAAUAAUGGAGCGCUAACAGAAAUUGAAAAAAGAAAGCCAUCAGAGCAGCUUAUAUAACAAUCUGAAGUUCACAAAAUCCAACCAACGUACUUUGAUGAUAAAAGUGACCAUAAAUUUGACAGUAAUAAACUCACCAAUAAGAAAGACACCAUUCGAUUCCCGUCAUCUAUAAUUGUUGGAAGUGAAGUAAACAGAACUAUAACAGGAGUUUGAAAUGAAGCAUCAUUAACAUGUAUUUCCAGUUAUUUAUGUUUGGGAUAUGGAUAGCUUAUGUAACGUCGAACGAAUACAAAAUAGAGUAUGCAACAGACUAUAAAAGAGAACAGGAUAAUUAUGUUAUUUCUUUCCAUGAUUAUCGGAGAGAAAAACGACAAGUGGAAAACAGUUGGUCUCCAAGUACGACAGCACACACUAAUCUGACAAUUAUACCAACAACACAAACAUAUAGUAAUGUGACAAGACCAACAACACAGAUACAUAGUAAUGUAACUAGACCAGCAACACAGAUAAAUAGUAAUGUAACUAGACCAACAACACAAAUACAUAGUAAUGUGACAAGACCAACAACACACAUAAAUGGCAACGUGACAAAUAGGCCAACAACACAGAUACAUAGUAAUUUGACUAGACCAACUACAAAUAUACAUAGUAAUGUGACAACACCAACACACAUAAAUGGCAACGUGACAACUAGACCAAAAACACAAAUAAAUGGCAAUAUGACUACUAAGCCGACGACCAAAGUAUCAAGUAUUCUGCCUUCUACAACAAAUACACCAAGUACAACAAGACUGCCGUCUACAACAAAAGCACCAAGUACAACAAGAGAAGCCAUAUCAACAACAACUACUACAAUUUCUAAAGAAACUACGUUUAACCCGCCAGAAACAACAUACAUAAAGCAAUCGAAUACUUAUCAGUACUACAACUCCACAGUUAUUCAUGAUGGUAAUGGCGUCUAUUGGCAUGAACUUGAAAACCAUACAACUCACGUGGUCCUGUCGGAUGCAAAAUACUUAUCAUCAGCGGGUUUGAACUUGCCAUUUAUAAUGCCAUUUUACGGUCACAAUAUAUCCAAGGUACAACUUACAACAGGAGGGUUUAUAUACAUGGCUCCAUUCGUACAUAAAUUUUUGACCUAUUCUCAGUAUGUGGCUCCACUGAUGGCGAACUUUGAUACACAAACAGACAAUUCCGAUAUAUUGUAUAAAAAAUAUAAUGACAGUGUAGUAAUUGAAUGGCGCAAUGUUCAUCUAAAUGAUCAGCGAUAUCAUGGCCAAUUUAGAUUUCAGGCCAAAUUAUUUCAAAAUGGAAGCAUUAUGUUGGUAUACAAAACGAUUCCAGCACCCGUUAUGAAUAUAUCAACAGACAAUCAUCCUGUAAAACUUGGUAUAUCUGAUGCAUUCUAUAUGGAUUACACACAAAAUGGAGUACGCUACAGACGGAUAUAUAAGUAUCAUGCUGUCGACAUUGAAAAGUCGUUAAUAACCAAUAAUACAGUAGUUAUUUUUCAUCCUUUACCAACAUGUAAUCUAGCAACUAGUUGUGACCAUUGUGUAUCUAGAGUUAUAGAUUUUGAUUGUUCAUGGUGUCCGAGCGUUAGGCGAUGUUCUAAUGGGUAUGACUGGCAUAGACAAGAAUGGAGUGAAUCAGAGUGUUGGGAAAAAGCUGGCAAUACUACAGAUAUCUGUAAGGCGACAACAGUAGCAUCAACUACAAAACUCACUACACAAUCAACCACAACUACCAUACCAACAAAACCACCGAUAACAACUAGGACACCAAGUACAUCUACACCACCCACAACCACCACAACUACGCCACCAUCUACACCAAGUCCACCGACAACGGUAGCUUCAACAGUUAUACCAACUACUCAGGCAACAACAAAAAUUACACAAGUGGCAUCAACCCCUUCAACAAAGACUACUACCAUACCUACAACUUCGACUAUUACUCCAUCGACAUCAACAACAUCGACUUCUACUACUCAAUCGACGAAAACUCCAACUACUACUAAACCAACUACAACUAAAUCGACGACGACCCCAACUACUACUACAUCGACGACGACUCCAACUACUACUAAAUCGACGACGACUCCAACUAUUACUACACCGACAACAACUCCAACUACAACUGUAUCGUCGACUACAAUAUCGUCACCAAAUCAACCACAUGUAGAACGUCAUACACAAAGAAAAGAAUCGUAUAACAAAGCAGCUGUGAUUGUCCCUAUUGUACUGUUUCUACUGCUAAUUGUUGGCCUUGUUGGUAGUUGGGUAUAUUACGCUUAUACACAUCCAAAUACUAGCGCUGGACAAUGGCUUAUAGAGCAUCGACCAAGUCAAUUGAAAUCAAGAUUUUCCGAUAUGUUUAAGCGGAGUACGGAAACUGGAGAAAAGUAUAAGGUGAAAAACGAGGACAUUGAAUUUAAUAUGGAUGAGUCAGUUGCCUAAGGCAGUAUGUUUACUGACCUGGUGUACAUCCGAGAUACAUUCUCUGUACAUGGAAGUGGAAGCACUUUUUAAACUCUACUAAAUUAUCUAUGACGUGUAUUAUAGUAUCGUAUAAUAUUUUACUGAUUUAUGUACUUGUAUAAUGUACAUUUUGAUUAUAUUGGUUGGUGCUUAAUGU